CCUCUCUCUGUCUCUCUCUCUCUCUUCUUCUGUCAACAACAACUAAAAAGCCCCGCGACGCUUCAUCCCUCCUCCCUCCUCCUCCUCCUCCCCCUCCCGCCCUCCAAAUACGCCUCCCCUCUACUCCGUCGGUGGAUCUUCUUCACCUUUUCUCCCCUCGGGCUUUUCUUCUUUUUCUUUUUUGUCUUUCCUUCCUUUUUUAAUUUUCCUGAUCUUAUCUUUUCUUGUUUUCUCUCCGUGUUUCAUUUCCGGAUAGAAAGAAGAAAAUUAUCAGACGCACCCCCUCCUCCCCCCACCCAACCAAUCCUCUCCUCAUUGAAUCGCCGUCGCAUCCCACCUCUUCCAUCAUGGACGGCGAAGACCUCAUCGCCUCGGUCUACCGCAAGAUCGAGCGGGAAAAGGCCCUCAUCACCGCCGCCUCCAACAUGCGACAGUCCACCGAUAAUCCGUUGGUACAGCAGAGGGUGGAUGCGAACAUCCGCGAUGGUCGGAAAAACAUUGCUUAUCUGGAGGAGAAGAUGAGGGAGCUGCAACUGCGUCGGAUCGAUCAGGAUGGUGGCUCCCCCACUGAGAAACGUCUUCCGUCGCCUCCCCCCAAGGACAGCCCCGGUGGUGACAAUGACGAGUAUGGAGAGCCCUCCAGCGCUCAUCAUCCCCACGGAGGUGCCGGCUCCAUGCCGACCGGUGCUCCCUUCAAGGAUCCUCGACCGUUUGCUCCUGUGCCCAAGGCGCGCCCGAAUUAUACGAAGCUUGAUCUGAUCAAAUACGACACGUCUUAUCUCGGCCCUAAGAUCCAGCUCAUGUUGUCCCAACUCGAAUUCAAGCUGAGCGUGGAGAAGCAAUACAAGGCUGGUAUUGAAAAGAUGGUUCGCCUAUACCAAGACGAGGGCGACAGGAAGAGUCGUGCCGAUGCCGAGGGUCGGCGCAUCGAGAGUAACCAGAAGAUCCAACUGCUGAAGCAGGCUCUGAAGCGAUAUGAGGAUCUCCACGUUGAUAUUGAAUCGACUGAUACCCCCGAUGACGAAAGUUUAAGCACCCCCAACUUGCGCAAACCCCUCACCGGUCUGUUGACUAUGCGCAUUCAGGCUGUCAGCGAUGUCGAUCAUGCUGCCGGCUCGAGAUUUUCCAGAGGCCCCGAGACCUCCGUCGUCCUCAAGGUCGAGGAUGCCGUCAAAGCCCGGACCAAGCCCACUCGCACCGAUCGAUGGCAGGACGAGACCUUCAACCUUGACAUCGACAAGGCCAACGAGAUCGAACUGACCGUCUACGACAAGUCGGGCGACCGCCCCACCCCGAUCGGCAUGCUCUGGCUGCGCAUCACCGACAUCGCCGAAGAGAUGCGUCGCAAGAAGAUCGAAAUGGAAUUGAACCAAUCCGGCUGGGUGUCGGCUGACAGGAUGGACCACGGAAGUGGCUCAGGACGCCCGGAUACUGCAGGUCCGAUGAGCCCUGGCCAUAGCUCGGCCUCGGGCGGACCCCCUGGGGCCGGUCCUCAAGGCCAUGGCGGUGCGCCCCCCGGCGCGCCAGGUGGAAAUAACGCGCCGAUGAUUGAAUCGUGGUUCGCAUUGGAGCCCGUGGGUCGCAUUUAUCUGUCGAUGAGCUUCGGUAUGGUCCUGACCGUGUGCGGACUGACGAUCGCGAUGCGAUUAAAUUAUCCGGCGACAAUGCUAACUCUUUUUUCUCGCUCCUAGCCAAACAACUCAAGGACCGCCGUCCGUUCGACAUUGGUCUCAACCGCCAGGGUGCCGUGCGCCAGAAGAAGGAAGAGGUCC